GACACAUAUUCGUCGUCGUGCAUGCCGAUAACCACGAUAACAACAAAGCAGAAGCAUACACGAUUGAUUGCUAUUUUUAAUUGUUUAUUUGUGUAAAAUGCUCAACAUUCGAAGAGGCUUCCUCGCCGCAUCUUACAUUAAAAAUUCAGUUUUUUACAGCAGUGCCUCAUUUAAGAAACGUGGAAAGUUUCAGAAGAAAGACAAACCGAAAACCAGAGAAAAUUAUGAUUACCUGUUUGGACGUAAUCCUGGAGCUGAUUCUCAGAUAGAGGCACUGCAGCUUACCGAGAAAGAUCUCAGUGAUCCUAAUGUUUUGGAGGAUAUGGAGAAACAAUUUUGGAGUGUUGACAAAGUUUUGGAUGAUGUUGAAAGGGAAGAGCACAUUCAGAAGGAACUAUUAGAAAUCUAUCAAGUUCAACGGAAGCAAUUCAAAGGAAAAAAAUACCCAAACAUGCUGUUAUGGGAUGAAAAGCAGGAAAUCAAAGCGCUUCAUUCCCAAGAUCCCGAAAAAUGGACUGUAAUGAGAUUAGCAUUUAGCUACCCUGCAUCGCCGUCAGUCAUUAAGAAAGUCCUAGAAUCAGCUGAUUGGAAACUGAGAACACAAGAGGACAUAGAAAAUCAUGAUCGUAGAGUUCGUAAGAAUUGGAAGGCACUUGAAAAUGGUACAUUAGAUGUGCCAAGCGAGGACCUAAAAAAGCAUCUUAAAACUUUUUCUAACCGUAGUAAAUUAGCUCAAAAUACUAGCUAUAGCCAAGUUGCCCUUCCAAAGAAAAAUGAAUAUAAUCCGACAAAAGACAUUUUGAAAGAUGGUGGGGUGUUUGGGGGUAUCUAUAAAAGUUAUAAAUUAACACAAAAAAAUACAACAGAAGAUAUUCAAACUAAAGAAGAAACCUCUAUAGAUAAAGGAUUGAAAUCUCUUCACUAUCCUCCAUCCGAGACUUUUAUCAUUCCUGGAUCUGUUCAAAAUGUUCAGACAAGAACUAAAAGUAUUUUACCUCUUGAUGAAAUGAAGAAGAGAGUCUUGCAAAAUGCAUCUAAUGACAAUUUAUCCCAUGAUGAACAGAACUUUAUUCAAGAUGAGAUAAAAAAACAUGCAGCAGAAAAUUCUUAUGACCUGUUAAGGGAUCCUAUUAGAGGGAAUGUCAACAGCACAAGUGAAAUGAGGAAGGCGCACACUAACUAUCAGGAAAAUAAAAUUCAGGACCAUUUACCUAAAUCAAUGAAAAUUGAAAUAGAUAAUGAUCUGCACAUGGUAGAAGAAAUAGAUUCAUCGCACAAAGCUCAAAAUGAGGUUCUGAAAACUGCUCACAAGUUUGUUGAUGUAUCAAGACUUUCUAGAGCCCAACAUAAACAAGAUCAGGAGAUUCUUGCAAGCUUUAAGACAGCAAAACUCACGAGAACAGAUCUUGAUAAUAAAACUUUAACUUUGGCUGUGAAGGACUACCUAUCACAAUCUUCAGAGAGCUAUCCCUUGCAAAUUGUGAUACCUAAGGAAUUGUGGAAGAAAGGUGCUUUAUAUAGAAUCAAGGAUAGAUUCUAUACAGAUGAUGGUGAAUUCUUAUAUCGUGUUCCUGGGUUGAGGAAAGAUUAGCUUUGUGAAUUUGUGUAGGAAAAUAUUUAAUGAAGUAAAUAAAAAAUAAAACAAAGGGACUGUUGUCAAUGUA